AUGAACACCCAAGCUCCUGUUAAUACUUAAGCUGGCACUGCAGAAAAGAAGUUAAAGCCUUGUUGUGCUUGCCCUGAAACUAAGAAGCUUAGAGAUGCUUGCGUUUUUAAUAAUGGCGAAGAAAACUGUAAAGAUUUUAUCGAAGCUCAUAAAGAAUGUUUAAGAUCAAAAGGUUUCAAUCCUUAGUGA